UUUGCUUCAUCAAAUUGUCCAAAUCCUGUGAAUGAAUGGAAUGGCUAGGUUGAGAGGUGCAAAUGUUCAGGAACUGUUCUUCAGUGCAUGAGCUUAGCAAGGCUUAUGAUGUUUACAUCAUCAUCCUCUUCGUUCAUUAUGAAUUCAGGAUCCUCAAGUGAAAAAUUCUACAAUUAAAAAAUUCAGAAGUUUUGAGAAGUAAUAGGUACAAUUUUCAUGGGAGCUAUUCAUACUUUGCUUUUCAUCUUAACUUUCGAUAUGGAUUGAUCGUGAUUCUUGUUUCAUGGGAUCCCACGUCAAGGAUGUAACAAUUUACUUUUUUAGUGAAUCAUUUAAUAUUGCAUUUUUUGCAAGGAAUUGUUUAAUAAAUUUGUUUUCUUAUGGAUCUUAGAAUCAAGUCUCUAUGUGUGUUUUAAACAUACAUGCACUAUCAGGUCAACCUGAAGGUCCUGAACCAACCAACCAGUUCUAUUGAUGUUGUAAAUAGUAAGGUGUCAGCCCAGUAAACUCGCCUUGAUAACAUGACCUCACCAAACCCACAUACUUUCAGGGUUGAAUCCAGAAUAAGGAACCUUACUGGCUGUUAGUCUUAACACUGCACACUUUUGGUUGGUUUCAAUAAAUGUUUCAUUGUACUUGUCAAGUUGUCCGAAUCAUUAACGACACUUUUAGAGCAAGUUAGUUAAUGAUAGAACAUUUUAGUGGCAGAGUUGGAAGAUAAGAAACUGACAUCUUUGAGAAAAUGUGGUGGCUUUAUAGAUCUUUCAUGGUUUGUGUUAUAUCUUUAACCUGUUCAGUUUAUUCUUGGCUGUGGUUUUCAGUUGGAGAGGAAAGGUUAGGAGAUGGGAUGCAGGAUAAUUUCUUAUUUGGUAAAGGAAAUAUUUACUGAAAGUUCCAGGAAUAUGAUACCAUCAUUCGGCUUCUCCUGUACCUUGUAAAGGUAUAAAUUGUGCUGUAUGUGUACAGAUGUAUCAGUGUUUGGUCAAAUUCUCCAAAUUGGAAGAGUUUGGCCAAUUAAACAUCAUGUGGAUUAAACUUUGUGGAUGAGAUGUGGAACUGGAUCCCGAAGAUCCAACUUGGAGCUAAUAAUGCAAGCUGGAACUUUAUCAAACUCAAAAUUUCUUAAGGUGAAGCUGGAGAUAAACCAAAUUUGAUUUGAUUUCAUCGGAAGCAAAUCCAUGGAUAAUAUAGUUCAUUGACUUCAAUACUAUAAGCAAACUUUUCAUUGUUAUAUUCUCUUCCCAGGGUUAGCCUGUGAUUCGAGCCCUUUCUUGUCUGGAUGAAAUUAUGGCAGGUGAAAUUGGAGCUUUGCCAGGAAAGUAUUGGGGUCAAUAACCUUAGAUCCUUGUUUUUGACUUCAUGGAUUUUCGAGUUUGAUUAAGGUUGAGAGACCGAAGUUAGAUGCAAACUGAAAUGGCAUUGGUGAAUACAAGUGUCUGAGGGUUCAAUGUGUAUCAACAAGGUGAAGAAAACUUCUUCUUGGAGCUGUUUGCAGAAUGUAAUACUUCAAUAUGUAUCGACAAGGUGAAGAAAGCUUCUUCUUGAAGUUGUUUGCAGCAUGUAACAGCCUUUCCAUGUCAACAUAAAGUUAUGAACAGGACCAAGGGUUUGAAUAAUCAAGGGACAACGUCAUAUGCUCCUCAUGUCAAACAAGUUGAAGCUCAUAUGGGCCUACAUGAACAAAAAUCACAAGACAAAGAACAAUUCUGAUUCAUGGUUUUAGGUUGUAAAUAGAAGUGCUUUAAUUGUAUUGCUGUACUCACUUGGACAAGAAGCCAAUAUGUAGUUGCUAAAUGUAUCCGUCAUUGCUACACUGGACUGCUAAGUUGUUGUAUGUCGUUGUCGUUGUCGUUGUAGUUGACGAAGGAAAGAAGUCUCCCCUACAUGGAUGAUCACCUGGCAAGGAAAAAAAUUCAUGUGUGUCAAAGGAAUUGGAAGAAGAGUAAGCAAUGUCAUGGCCUAAAAAAGGAUGGUGAGAGCAACAUGACAACCAGGGCCGCUAUGAUUUCAAGUGUGCAGAUUCUGAGCCUUGCCGUGAGCCAGCAAUGCUGUAGACAUCCUUGCCUUUGUUCAUGCAGCAAAGACAGCAAAACACUGGUGACUUGUUCUUCAGCAGCAAAAUCCCACAGAAAGGUACUCCAAACCUAUAAAAAAGGCCGACUGGUGGAAGGUGACGAAGAAGACUUAAGACUAAGCUGAGAGGAAGCUGCAUGGGAAGAUCUCUCCAUGGCUGACGCAGGUAGAAAAGUCAGCCUUCUUUAUAUUUAUAUCUGUUUUGCCAGGCCAAACACAACUCCUCCUUCUGCCUCCUCCUCUGUUUGACUCAGGGAUGUGCAAUGCAAGCGUGUGACACCGGUUUCCUUGAUAACAUCAGGUCAAAGCUUUGUCGAUGAAUUGAAUAGUGGAAGAGAUUACUCAUGUCACCAGAAGUCAUACACCACCAAACCAGGGAGGCGAAACAUGCGGCGGUCGCCGGUUUCGUUGCUGCUCGGCGUGUGGUGCGCGAGAAACCUGAAAGGGAAAUGGGUCGUGAGAGUGUCUGAUAUAGCUGUUCAUCGUAUUGCUGCAGCAGAUUGAUUUGAAAGGAACCCGAGCGUGUCGGAGUGCACACCUUUCUGUCAAGAUCAUAAAACAGCUUCAGAAUGCUUCCGUUAUCACAGAGAUGGAUUGGAGUGACCAGAAAUCUUACAGAGGAUUGAGUGGCUCCAAUUUCCUGAUACGCUGCUGCAGCACCACCAUACUUGUUCUUGAGGUGAUCAUCCCCGCUGUCACCAACUGUGUGUUGGUGACGACUGGAGCUUGCAGGAAACGCUAUUUUAAUGUAAAUGAAUCGAUGAGAGGAACAGAGAGGUGGAAGAAUGCACUACUAAUGAACUCGUUCCUCGAUCGCUUGUGGACAUAUCUCUACAGCUAGCGUUCUUCUCAGACUCCAUUAUUCAAUUCAUCGAGCAUCACAUCCUUUCACAGAUUUCGAAAUAGGAAUGCUUGUUUAUGAACAUCUCUCUCUCUCUCUCUCUCUCUCUCUCUCUCUCUCCAACAUCAUAGUCCCAACAGAUCUCCUACAGUGUAAUCCACAAUUCAUCUCUGUGCCACAGCAAGUGGCCCUUUUUUUAUCUGGCACAAAAUCUCUAUAAAUAGCUUGGUUACCAUCAUUCAUGCAUCACCCCACUGCUCUCUCUCUCUAUCUCUCUCUCUCUCUCUCUCUCUGUUCGAAAUCCCUGUUGGGCAGAAUCUCUGUCUUGUUCUGUACGUACAUCUUCUCUUCAUUGUAUACCACAAUGAAUCAGAAGCUGCUCUCUAGAAAGGCAGCAUGCAACGUUCAUGGGCAGGACUCCUCGUACUUCCUAGGGUGGCAGGAGUACGAGAAGAACCCCUAUGAUCCAAUCACGAACCCCGGAGGGAUGAUUCAGAUGGGUCUUGCCGAGAACCAGCUCUGCUUUGAUCUUAUCGAGUCGUGGCUGCACACCCACCCUGACGCCGCCGGAUUCAAGAAAGACGGCGCAUUAAUAUUCCGGGAGCUUGCUCUGUUCCAGGACUACCAUGGCUUACCUGCUUUCAAGAGCGCAUUGGCAAAAUUCAUGGGAGAAGUACGAGGAAACAGAGUAACUUUCGAGCCCUGCAAGCUCGUCCUGACUGCUGGUGCCACUUCUGCCAACGAGACACUCAUGUUCUGCCUUGCCGAGCCCGGAGAAGCUUUCCUUCUGCCCACUCCAUACUAUCCAGGAUUCGACAGGGACCUCAAAUGGCGAACCGGAGCUGAGAUCGUUCCCAUCCACUGCUCCAGCUCCAAUGGCUUCCGAGUCACCAAAGUGGCCCUCGAAGCAGCGCACCGACACGCGCAGAAGCGUGGCCUCAGGGUGAAGGGAGUCCUCGUGACCAACCCCUCCAACCCAUUGGGCACAACCAUGACCCGGCAAGAACUGGACACCCUCAUCGACUUUGUCGUUGCCAAAGACAUCCAUCUCAUCAGCGACGAGAUCUACUCGGGCACCAGCUUCGACUCGCCGGAAUUCGUCAGCAUCGCCGAGGCCAUCAAGGACAGGGACGACGUCGCCCACCGCGUCCACAUCGUGUGUAGCCUCUCCAAGGGUCUCGGUCUCCCGGGAUUCCGCGUCGGUGCAAUCUACUCAGGCAACGACGCGGUGGUGUCUGCCGCUACGAAGAUGUCCAGCUUCGGUCUGAUAUCUUCUCAGACUCAGUACCUCCUCGCAGCGUUGCUCUCCGACGAUGAGUUCACCAAGAAGUACAUUCUCGAGAACCGGAGGAGGAUUAAAGAACGGCACGCCCUGCUCGUGCAAGGGCUUCGUAGGAUCGGGAUCAGAUGCUUAGAGAGCAACGCGGGUCUGUUCUGCUGGGUGGACAUGAGACACCUGCUCAAGUCCGACACCUUCAAAGGAGAGAUGGAGCUGUGGAGGAAGAUAGUGUAUCAAGUGGGACUAAACAUCUCGCCGGGCUCUUCGUGCCACUGCGACGAACCGGGGUGGUUCCGCGUCUGCUUCGCCAACAUGUCGGAGGACACACUCAACCUCUCCAUGCAACGGCUCAAGAACUUCGUGGACUCCGGCGAGCAUCGCAGGACCCACGAUUCUGGCCAUCGGAGUCCGAGAAGGCAAUUCUUGACGAAUGCGUCCUCCGCCUGUCAUCUUUGCCGGCUGCUGUGACUGCAUGACUAUUCCUACAAUUCUUAUAGUUUGUAUAUCCCAAGAAGAAGUAGAUAACGAAGAAGUAGAAGAAGAAGAAGACAUUAUUUAAUUUGUGAGGGUGUUUUUUCCUUGGAUCACCACAAUCUGCUUGGAUUUUUGGUGGUCAUGGUCUCAUCAUCUAUAAGAUGGUUUGUAUGUUUAGCUCCUCACUUCCUCGAGUCUGUAUUCGGAGGACAGAAUGGACUGAAGCAACAUCAUUUGUGCAAGAAA